AUAAAAGCCGGACGCGAGGCAUACCCUGCCUUGUAGUGCAGCUGAGGCGAGGCUAUGGCGAGUCGCGGACAUAGACCGGAGCACGGCGGGCCCCCAGAGCUGUUUUAUAACAAGAAUGAAGCACGGAAAUACAUGCGCAACUCUAGGAUGAUUGAUGUCCAGACCAAGAUGGCAGGGCGAGCAUUGGAGCUCCUUGAUCUGCCUGAGGAUAAACCCUGUUUCCUAUUGGAUGUUGGCUGUGGUACUGGGCUGAGUGGAGAUUAUCUCUCUGAUGAGGGGCACUAUUGGGUGGGCAUCGACAUCAGCCCUGACAUGCUGGAUGCAGCCUUGGACCGAGAAGCACAAGGAGACCUACUUCUGGGGGAUAUGGGCCAAGGCAUCCCCUUCAAACCGGGAUCCUUUGAUGGUUGUAUCAGCAUUUCUGCUGUGCAGUGGCUCUGUAAUGCUAACAAGAAGUCUGACAUUCCUGCCAAGCGCCUGUACUGCUUUUUUUCUUCUCUUUAUUCUGUGCUGGUUCGUGGAGCCCGAGCUGUUCUGCAGCUGUACCCUGAGAACUCCGAGCAGUUGGAGCUGAUUACAACCCAGGCCAUCAAGGCUGGCUUCACUGGUGGUGUGGUGGUGGACUACCCCAACAGUGCCAAAGCAAAGAAGUUCUACCUCUGUUUGUUUUCUGGACCAUCAAGCUUUCUGCCAAAGGGCCUGAACGAGAUUAAGGAUGAAGAGGAGGCCAGGGAAUCCACAUUCACAAAUAAGAGGAUUCCCUACAAGAUUGCGAGGAGCGGGGUGGUGAGGAAGACCCGUGAGUGGGUGCUGGAGAAGAAAGAGCGCCAUAGACGUCAGGGCAAGGAAGUCAGACCUGACACACAGUAUACCGGCCGCAAGCGCAAGCCCUACUUCUAAGCAGUUAGCUGCAUUGAAUGGGACAACUCGGGGUCCAUACAGUUGUGAGCUGUGCUAUCCAGCUCAGGCAUUUGCCUCUGGAAAGUUUUAUAUAUUGAAGUACCUACUUCAUCAGUUGACAAAAUAGUGUUUAGAAAAGUUCUAAUAGUAUUUUCUUCAUUAAACAAAGUUCUGAGAGCAUUUUAUUUUGUUGUAAAAGCAAUAAACCACUUUCUGUGGCACUCUGGCAUUUACCAGCUCUGUGAUCCUA